AUGUCUCUCUCCUUCCCUCCUCGUCAGCUCUACUACAACGGUAAGGUGCAAGCCGCAACCUCCGGCAAGACCUUCCAGACCAUCAACCCCGCCACCGCAACCCCGCUGGCCGACAUUCAGGUCGCCUCCAACAGUGAUACCGAUGCUGCCAUCGCCGCGGCGGACCGGGCAUUCCCCUCCUGGGCCCAGACCCCGCUGAUUGCGCGCGCUCGCAUCCUCCACAAGGCCGCCGCCCUCCUGCGCGAGCGCAAUGAUGAAAUCGCCCGCGUCGAAACAUUGGACUCCGGCAAGGCGUUCACCGAGACGAGCACCGUCGAUGUCGUGACAGGCGCCGAUGUGUUGGAGUACUACGCCAACUUCAUUGGUGGUGGAGGUCUCAACGGUGAGACCACCCACCUCCGUGAGGACGCGUGGGUGUACACCAAGAAGUCUCCUCUUGGAGUGUGCGCGGGCAUUGGUGCCUGGAACUACCCCAUUCAGAUUGCCCUUUGGAAGUCAGCUGCGUGCUUGGCCGCCGGAAACACCAUGGUUUACAAGCCCAGUGAAUACACACCCCUCCACGGCCAGACUCUGGCACAGAUUUACACCGAAGCCGGUCUUCCCGAUGGUGUCUUCAACGUGGUCAACGGUGCCGGUGACGUCGGCGCGUACUUGACCAGCCACCCCUCCAUCGCCAAGGUCUCCUUCACGGGCCAAGUCGCCACCGGCCAGAAGGUCGCAGGUUCCGCGGCCGGCAACAUGAAGUACGUGACCAUGGAACUGGGCGGUAAGAGCCCCUUGAUCGUCUGCCCCGAUGCAGAGCUGGAGAGUGCCGUCAAUGGCGCGAUGAUGGCCAACUUCUACAGCACGGGCCAGGUCUGCACCAACGGUACCCGUGUCUUCGUCCCUCGCGCCAUGAAGGCCGCAUUCGAGAAAAGUUUGCUGGACAAGAUCCAAUAUGUGCGGGCGGGCCCGCUCUUCGACGAGCAGACCAACUUCGGUCCCUUGAGCUCCAAGCCUCACUACGAGAAGGUGCUCUCUUACAUCCAGCACGGUAUUGACGGCGACCGCGCCACUCUUCUCUGCGGUGGUGUCGAGAAGCCCGAUCUGCCCAAGGACCUGCAGGCCGGAUUCUGGGUCAAGCCCACGAUCUUCACUGACUGCACGGAUUCCAUGCGCAUUGUCCAGGAAGAGAUUUUCGGUCCCGUCAUGUCCAUCCUGUACUAUGACACCGUCGAAGAGGCCGUGCAGCGGGCCAACACCACCGAGCUCGGUCUCGCAGCCGGUGUCUUCACCAAGGAUCUCAACCAGGCUCACCGCAUCAUUGACCAGCUUCAGGCUGGUAUCACCUGGGUGAACACCUGGGGUGAGAGCCCUGCCGAGAUGGCUGUCGGUGGCUGGAAGAAGAGCGGUCUGGGUGUGGAGAAUGGUCGUCGCGGUAUCGAGGCUUGGCUGCAGAACAAGAGCACUCUGGUCGACAUGAGCGGCUCGGUGCCUUCAGUCUUUGCCAAGCUGUAA